AUGGAUGUAAAGCAUGGUAUGCAACCAAUGAGGGUAUCUCGUUAUCCCCAUAUUUGGCUAAUAUACAACGGAGAAAUCUAUAAUCACAGGAAGCUACAGGAGGAGUUUAAAUAUGAAAAUACAACCAACUGUGACGGAGAGUCAAUUAUCCAUCUCUAUGCACAUGGCGGGAUUGAGUUCGCGGCCAGACACUUGGACGGAGUGUUUGCCUUCUGUCUCCUUGAUACGGCCAGGAGGAAUAUCUACCUCGGAAGAGACACAUUCGGAGUCAAGCCUCUUUUCCGUGGUUUUGUGGAUGCCAAGUUGACUGUUUGCUCUGAAGUCAAAGGGUUAAUGGAUUUCGUUGGAGAAGAUUCCAAAGUUAGAAUACAACAUGUUUUGCCUGGAAACGUGGAAACCUACAGCAUCGAUACUGACAGCCGCGUGUCAUUUGAGAACGCCAUACGAUUUCAUCAAAUAGGUGACGUCCCGUUAUAUGCAUCCAUCUUUACACCAAAAGGUGGCCUAGAUUCCAGCUUGAUAACCGCGUUACUGGUAAAUUUAGCAAAAGAGCGAAGGAUGCCUUAUCGGAUACAGACUUUCUCUGUAGGCAUGAAGGAUAGUCCCGAUCUUGUCGCCGCAAGGAAGGUUGCGAAUCACUUGGGAACAGAACACCAUGAGAUCACGUUUACUCAAGAGGAGGCGAUCUCGGUUAUUGAGAAUGUCAUUUACUGUUCGGAGAGUUAUGACGUCAUCACAAUCCGUGCAUCAAUUGCUAUGUACCUGCUAUGUAAAUACGUUAAAGAAAAGACGGAUACCGCGGUGAUUUUGUCUGGAGAGGGAGCUGACGAAAUCGCCCAAGGGUACAUCUAUUUCCAUAAAGCACCAUCUGUUGAAGAAGGGCUCGAUGAGAGUAGACGCCUCUGUAAAGAUAUCAGCAUGUUUGACGUUCAAAGGGUUGACAGAAUGUCGGCAGCUUUUGGACUUGAGAUACGGGUGCCAUACCUCGAUCACACGUUCAGCAGUUAUUACCUCUCUCUAGACCCUGGCAUGCAGGCCCCCAAAAAUGGUUUGGAGAAACAUCUAUUGCGAUCAGUCUUUGAUAAGACUGAUCUAAUACCAAUGGAGAUUUUAUGGAGACACAAGGAAGGAUUCAGUGAUGGUCUGACCGCGACAACAAAGUCUUUAUAUGAAAUGAUACAAGACUUCAUUGAAGAAAAGGUUGAUGACUCGGAAUUAGAUCAAUGCAUUCAGCAGUACCCCCAAAAUCCUCCACAAAGUAAGGAAGCCCUGUACUACCGACAAAUCUUUGACAAGUUUUACCCUGGGCAAAGUCACAUUAUUCCGUACUUUUGGAUGCCGAAGUGGUCAACAUCAUCUGACCCUUCCGCCAGGACUCUCAAACACUACAAAUAG